AAGGAAGAUGUCACAGGGCAUCCCUUUUGUAUCCUAUAUUGACCAGUCUCAGAGGGAGAGUUCCUCUGGCCCCAUCUACACCCCCAUAGCCAUACAGUGCAGUUUCAAAGGGCAUUCAUUCCACGGCGGUGUAGAUAGAUGGAGGCAGAGGCAAUCUCCCUCUGGACCAUUUCUGACGCGGAAGCCUUGCGAGAAAGAGCUUCGCCUGAGUCGGAAGGGGGCCUGCUGCCUUUGUCCCUCCCGGCCUGGGGGCGCGGAUUCCCCCGAAGGAAGGAAGGAAGGGAGCCAGGCGAGGGCGGAGGGCGGAGGGCGUCGGCGUGGCUGCAGUGCCCCCUCCGGGGCUGGGGGCGGCGCUGGGCCCGGGCGUCUCGGGGCGGAUGGAGCCUCUUGGCCGGGGUCGGAGCCGCCGCGCCUCCUCCUCCCCCUCCCCCUCGAGGUCUGGCGGGGAGAGAGGGAGGGAAGAGGCCGGGGAGGGAGGCCUUUGUGUCCGCGAAGGGGAAUGUGCCCGGCCCGCCGCCUCCCGGAGUCUCCUGACGAGUGAGAUUCCAUGCUUCUGAUGCAGGUGAAGACUGUGCAAGUGUAAGCAAGAAGUGAGUGGGGAAAGCAGCUCUUUAUCCACUGCCAAAAUGGGUAUGAGGAUCAAGCUGCACAGUACGGACCACCCCAAUAACUUGCUGAAGGAACUCAAUAAAUGGAGGUUGUCAGAAACUAUGUGUGAUGUGACCAUUGUUGUGGGUAGCCGCUCCUUCCCUGCACACAAAGCAGUGCUGGCAUGUGCAGCAGGCUAUUUCCAGAACCUUUUCCUCAGUGCAGGACUGGACACGGCUCGCACCUACGUGGUGGAUUUCAUCACUCCAGCCAACUUUGAAAAGAUCCUGAGCUUUGUCUAUACCUCAGAGCUCUUCACAGAUCUGAUCAAUGUGGGCGUUAUUUAUGAGGUAGCUGAAAAACUGGGUAUGGAUGAUCUAUUGAAGGCCUGCCAUUCCACCUUCCCAGACCUGGAAAACUCAGCUGUGACUAAACAGCCCUCUGUCCCAGGUGAAAGUCGAUCAAGUAGUGCAUUGCCUGAGUCAAACCAUGCUGUGGGUGAAAUCCGAAACAAUGGGGAGCACCUGGGAACAGAGCGAAAUAACAGUUUGCAUGGUGAAGCAGCAGGUGGCUACAAAGAAGAGGCUGCAAAUGAUGCGAGUCAUAACUUACUGCAUCCACAGACUCCCAAAACUGAAGAACAAGAAACACCAGCGCAAUUCAGUGGUGCCAUGAGUAUUAUGACACAGGCUGGUCUGAGCAGCACCAAUAUGGCUGUUCAAACAACUGUCAGCUCUUGCCAGCCAUACAAAAUCCACAGCAAUGGGGACUAUGGCAAAAGCAACUAUUUCUCCUCAGAUGCUUCUCUGGAUGUAUCCACAGGCAGCAAUUCCUGCCCUAGCAAUAGUGACCACUCCAAAGACCAGGGUUUUGGACCAAUGGAUGAGCUCCAACUGGAAGACUUAGGGGAAGAGGAAUUGCAUUUUGAAGACCCCAGUGAGGAGCUGGGUGCAGCAGAGGAGGUAAUUGAACUCAGUGAUGAUAGUGAGGAGGAGCUCUCUUUUGAGAACAACAACCGGGAUAACAAGGCCAUGCCCUGUCAAGUGUGCAAAAAAGUAUUAGAACCCAACAUCCAGCUGAUUCGUCAGCAUGCUAGGGAACACGUCGACCUCCUGACUGGCAACUGCAAAGUGUGUGAGACCCAUUUCCAAGACAGAAACUCUAGAGUCACCCAUGUCCUGUCUCACAUUGGGAUAUUCCUCUUCUCCUGUGAUAUGUGCGAAACUAAGUUUUUUACCCAAUGGCAGCUCAGUCUCCACCGCCGAGAAGGGGUGUUUGACAGCAACGUUAUCAUCCACCCCAGUGACCCACUGAUAGGGAAGGUCAACUUGUUCAGUGGGGAUUUGGCAUGUGCUGUCUGUGGGAAACUGCUGGCCAAAGAUUUUCAUGUGGUUCGGGGUCACAUUUUGGACCAUGUGAACUUGAAAGGCCAAACAUGUGGUGUGUGUGACCAGCGGCACCUCAAUCUCUGUAGCCUGAUGUGGCACACACUCUCUCACUUGGGAAUCUCUGUUUUUUCUUGUUCUGUUUGUGCCAACAGUUUUGUCGACAGGCUCCUUCUGGAAAAGCACAUGGCAGUCCACCAAAGCAUGGAGGAAGCCCUCUUCCGAUGUCAUUAUUGCGGCCAGGCCUUCAAGCUGGAAGCUGCUUACCGCUACCAUGUGAGCCAGCACAAGUGUAGCUCCAGCUUGGACCUUGUCCGACCUAGCUUUGGUGACCGAAUGCACCAGCAACCUCUGCCGAAGAGGAAGCUGACAGAGGAGUUCUUAAGUGAGGACACGGCUCUUCAGAAUCAGCCUGGGAACAGUAAAUACAGCUGCAAGGUGUGUGGGAAGAGGUUUGCUCACACCAGUGAAUUCAACUACCACCGGCGGAUCCACACUGGGGAGAAGCCCUAUCAGUGCAAAGUGUGCCACAAGUUCUUCCGUGGGCGUUCCACCAUCAAGUGCCACUUGAAGACACACUCUGGGGCUCUCAUGUACCGGUGCACAGUUUGUGGCCACUACAGCUCUACUCUUAACCUCAUGAGCAAGCAUAUAGGUGUCCACAAAGGCAGCCUUCCUCCUGACUUCACAAUUGAGCAAACAUUCAUGUACAUUAUCCAUUCCAAAGAUGCGGAGAAAAAUGCAGACAGCUGAUAACAGCAGUUAUUAGGAAAAUAAGCACUAUUGGUCGUAGCAGUGAAAUGUGCUUCAGGCUUUUUUUUUUUUUUUUAUAAAAAUAACAUUAUUUUUAAUGGUCAGGCAUCAUCAGCAUUGUCCUUAAUUUCCUUUGCCUUUUUAGAGGGUUUCUAAAUCACUGUCCUGUGAAAACAACAGCACAUUAGAUGUGUUAUUGUCCUAAGAAACCUGUCAUAUUUACCUCCUGCUGGGUCCAAUGGUCUUCAUAGUUUUAAGUCUAAAUAACAGACUGUUUUUUCCUCUCCAUUGGAUAGGAUUUACCCCUCACGACUUUUCCCUCCUCCACCAUUGUCGUUUCCAAGCUGAGAUCAUUAAAAGAUUUAUGCUGUUAAGAUAUAUUGGUGCUCCACAUCAGUGGGGAUAGCAAGAGAGAAAGUGUAAGCAAAAAUCUUUUUUCUGUCUAGUUAUUGAGAGGAUAAAAGUUGGAACAGCUCACAAUUCAGUCCUAAGCAUGUUUACUUGCUGCUUCCUUCUGGGAAGGUGUGCUUAGAGGUUUUUUGGCUGGCUUCUUGUCAGAUAAAUUUGUGUAUUUUUAUUAUUUGAUCUUCCAGAUGUUGGGACCCAGAAGUCCUAACCACUAUGAUUGAUGAUCAGGGAUUCUGGGAGCUGAAACUUCAAACAUCUGGAAGCCCAAAGCCUGAAAACCACUGCUCUAGAUAAGAUUGACAUUAAAUGCACAAGGGAAGGUUAGGCUUGUGUGUGGUAAUGUGUUCAUCCUAUCUUGCACUGUGUCAUAUUUAGCCUUUUGCCCUUUAUCAGAAAAUCAAGAAUUGGUUUCAUAAUAGGGUCUUAGCAGGUGUAUGGCACAUUGGCAUAGAGUUUGUCCAAAUAUGAACUUUAUGGAUAAAGUUUUGGCUGGAGGCAGGGAAGUGGAAGUAUCCUGAGAAAGAAGUAUUGGCUAUUAGCAAAAAGAAAAGGCCCUUGGGCAUAUGCACUGAAUUUCUUUGUUGACUCCCACUGUAGUACCUAAAUGCUUGCUGGGGAUUCUGCCAGUCACAUGUCCGGAAAAAUAAUACUGGUGUGUAAUGGUUCAUACUUAAAGCUUCUGAUUACUAUAGUUAUGUGGGUAGAACUAAGAAUCCUCUUUAUGGGCUGUGAUUCUGUACACGUUUACAUGAUAGUUCCUUCUGAAUUCUGUGGGAUUGAAUUCUCAAUGAGUUGGAACAGAAGGCCCUUGUGAUCGCUGUCAACUCUAUGUUUCUGUGACAUGGAGAGGAGUGCAUAGUUGUUCUUGAAUUAUUAUUUUUUUUGCCUUAAGGAAAUUUCUCUAGAAGAAGGAAGAAAAGAAGUAGGGUCUUUCCAGGUGGCUUGAAGGACAGAAUAAAUCCUCUUAUGCAUUAGUUUGGAGGGACCAACAUAUUUUCUCAAAGUAGCACUUUGGAGCAGUAGAGUCAGUUUGAAUGCUCCCUGAUCCCAUGCAGUAUAAUGAGAUCCCUGUCUCACUGAACUGUGAAAAAUAUAGCACCCUCAAAUGCCUACUUCUACAAGUCUGCAGCAAAAGCUGCCGUGGAUGGCAGUAAUUGGCUAAUGCCCAUUACACCAACAAGUUGCAUGAUACCUCAGUCUUUGGAGCAGCUUGCAACAUUCCUUUUCUUAGGAUGAAGCAUGGAGAUUAACAUGAAUAAAACAUGGAUCUGGUGCUUAAUUUGAUAAAAAUCAAAGCGAUCAUUCUACAUGAAGUAAGAGGAAAAAGGAAAGUGAGCAAUUUAGGGGUGGGGAAAUUGCAUCCCAUAGAUAGCAUCUGACCUCGGAUUAAUUUUUGUGGCCCAAGUGUCCCAUAACUCUUAACCUUCCAAAUGCCUUUAUGGGGUGUGUGAUGGAGACAGCUUCUCCAGUUUUUGCUCAGAACGUUGCAGUUUCAGUCUAUUCAACAUAAGUAACUUGAAGACCAACUUCUGGCCCUCUUCCUAUUGAGAAAAAAAGGAAUCUUUUAGACCUAGAAUGGCCCACAAUGGCUGAAAAUUGUCCCAUUCCCUAAAUGGGUGUUGAUAGACAUUUGGAAGCAAAACAUUCUUGCAGGGGCAAAGCCUUCUAAGAUAUCCUUGAAGAAAUCAAUACAGCCUGCUAACUUCCAACAGUUGUCCACUGGUGGGCUUAUCCAUGAUUUACCUGGAUAGGAUGUCUUGUCCGUUGUGCUUACUGCUAGGAUGGAAAACCCACCGUGUCUUGCUCUUCAGUAAUAGUGAUUCCUUCUUUCCCUCUUCAGUGCCUAUGGUAUCACAAGUGCUGAGCAACGUUACCUCCCUACUUCUGCUGUAGAACUGUUCAGUAAGCUUCUUGCUAUAAUGUUCCUAAACGUAUUCAGAAGUCAAGCGCUUCCCUGCUGGAAUGCUGUUUCAGUCCUGUAGUGGAAAACACUAGCAAAAUUACCUCUUCUCCCUUCUCUGAGGGGCAACAUGCUGCUUUUUUCACUUUUGGUUUUUGAUGGCUACACACCCCUGCAUUCCCCAUGGCUUACACAUUUAUAUCCUUUCUCUAUUCUUUUUAAAAUGAAAAACCAAUGUGUGUUCUGUCUUGAUGCCAGUUUUCAGGAGGGAAGGAACUGAGUUUGUGCUAACAUGAAGAUAUGCUUUUUUGCCAUGCAGAGAUUUUGUCCCCAAAGCAGUGAAAACUCAGCAUAUGUGUAGCUAACAAUAAAUAGAACCCAUUGGCUUGAUACUGGAGACUCUCACCUCUACAAUUGGAAAGACUGAACAGAAGAAGGAGAUCACAGGCCACAGGCCUGUGGAUUGUGCUUUAUGCUGCAAACAUGUUCCCCCCCCCCCCCCCCAAGUGCAGCUCUGUGGGAAAUCCAUGCAGGAGGGAUGGAUGUGUGAGAUGAAUGUUGAUAUAUGUAGCAGCUGACUUGAGAUCUGCUCUUUGGAUUAAUGUAAACUACCUCAUAAGGAGGAUGUUCUAGAGUCUUAAAAGUUACUGCUGUGUACUACUAAGUUCUCAGACUUCCAUAAAUAAAAACACUGGUGACUGGUGUUAAAGGAAAGGGGAAAUUCAUGAAAGCAUGCUCUAGGUCUUAACUAGAGAAUGAAAAUAAUGUAGGCGUCCCUGGCUCAUCUCUGACUCUGGUUCCAGUAGGGCAGAGGUCCUCAACCUGUGGGUCCCCAGAUGAUUUGGCCUUCAACUCCUAGAAAUCUUAAAAUCUGGUAAACUGGCUGGGAUUUCUGGGAGUUGUAGGCCAAAACACCUGGGGACUCACAGGUUGAGAACCACUGCAGUAGGGUGACCUUGGGCAGGUUGCUUUUGCCUCUCCUUACAGUACCUACCUCUAAGGGUGUUGUGAAGAUUAUCUAUUUUGAUGUGUGUCAGGAAUGGGGGGAGCACUUAUUUAUGUCUCAUUUUCAUAUCCAAGGCUUUUAAGAUAGUUCUAAUGUGCAGGAGAUAUUUAGGCACAUUUCUUCGACCCUUUCCUUUUUGUGGCCUCAGGUUGGCAAACACCAAAAAAGACAAAGAAAAGAAGAUAAAAUAAAAGUUUUGGCUAAACUGGCAGACAGUGCUAUUUUAGGAAUAAUUGGCAAGGUUGUUGGUAAUGAUUAAGGAGCUGCCUCAGGAUUUAACCACUACAAGUUGAAUCUCUCUUAACCAAAAUGCUUUCAACUAGAAGUAUUGUGGAUUUUAUUUCUAGUUUGUUGGAUACCUGUAUUUUCAAAGAUACAUAAUCUAAUAUCUUGUAGUUGGUACCUGAGUCUAAAUAUGAAAUAAUUUAUGUUUCAUAACCACUGUAUACACAUAGCCUGAAGUUAAUGGUAUACAAUAUUUUAAAUAAUUGUAUGCAUGAAACAAGGUAUGCGUGCAAACAACCAUCACACAGUGUUAUUAUCCCAGCCACCCAUGUAGACAAUUCUGGAUUUUGUAGUAUUUUAAACUUAAGAAUUCUGGAUAAGGGUUACUCAACCUGUUACUUUAAAAUAAUUAAUAGUUGGACUAAGAUUUGGGAUUUCUUGAACCUAAAGUAUAGUGAGCAUUGCUGCUGACCAAGGACAGAAGGCCAGUCCUCUUGUUAUGCAAAGCCUGAUUAUUCAAGGAAUUUCACACUACCUAUCUACUGGAGGUUGCAAUGGCAUAGUGGGUUAAACCGCUGAGUUGCGGAACUUGCUGACCAAAAGGUCGGCGAUUCAAAUCUGCGGAGCGGGGUGAGCUCCCCUUGUUAGCCCCAGCUUCUGCUAACCUAGCAGUACGAAAACAUGCAAAUGUGAGUAGAUCAAAUGGUACCAUUCUGGUGGGAAGGUAACAGCACUCCAUGCAGUCAUGCUGCCCUUGGAGAUGUUUACGGACAACACUGGCUCUUUGGCUUAGAAAUGGAGAUGAGCACCACCCCCCAGAGUCGGACUCAACUAGACUUAAUGUCAAGGGGAAACCUUUACCUUAUUUACUGGAGGGGAUGCUAUUACACUCCCCAAUUCUCUUUCUUUGCUUGAAGAGGGCUCCUGUAUCUUAAGUGUAGAUAUCCCUUCAAAGCUCAGCAGACUACGUCCUGUUUCGGACUCUACGUUUCAUGGUUCAACCUCCAAAGUCCUAAUUAUUAAUGUAUUUCCAACAUUGUGCCAUGUGCAGAUCUUACCUAAAUAGGAUGCAGCCACCAUUGGGAAUGAAGAAGAAAAAAUCUUAUCUAGGAAAAAUUCCGGUCUCGUGUUCAAUUCAAAGCAGAAUCAUAGAGCUGCUUUUCUCUCAUUUUUUCAGUGCCAAAUCUGUCCUGCUAAUUCACAUGAAAAAAAGUGUCAGCACCAGAAAGUUUGGUUUUGAGAGUGUUCCGCAACAAAGAAGUUUUGAAUCCUGAAACUGUGGUUAGGGCAUUUGGGACACAGAAAAUUGUAGCAUGGUUUCUGAUUCUGAAUGUCUUUAUCUUGAGGAUGAGUAAAGUUACCUGCCUGCCCCUAAACACUCCAACUUAUCCCUAUACUCCAAGAACAGGAAUUCACCUAAAAAACUACCUCACUGGGGAAACAUUGUGAGGUGUAGCAAGUGUCUAUAAAGUGCUUUGGGACCCUUAGGCUUGCAGAAAAAGAAAGUAUUGCGAUUAAAUGACUUCACUCUGUUUGACAUGCUACCAUUUAUGAAAAAUGUCUCCCCAUCAUUACCAUCACAGCAGGGGAGGAUCAGGCAUGGAACAGGGAUUCCACUCCAAUGCAGAACAGUGACAAGUUUUAAAAAAAUGUUUUGGAGAUUAAUGCAUUAUUAUUAUUUGCAAAUUCCUUGUUUUCUUCCAAAGAUCCAGAUGUCUUGAAGUGAAACAGAAGAAUAAAAGACAGCAUCAUGUCUAACCUUUUGGUCAAGUCAAUGAUAGGUACUGACUUCCUGUUUAUUUAAGUGUUUCCUAUCUAUUUGAUGUACAGUUUGUAUAUUUUGUAAAACGUUUCUCUUUCCCCAAAGGAAUCAAAAGGUAGAUGUCUAAAAUGGUUGUACAUCAGAUUUUUUUAAUACUCCCAUUGUUCGAAACAAAAGUUGUGUUUUUUAUUUAGAAUAAUAAAAGAAAAACUUGAAGCA